AUGGCUGGCGACACAGAUCCCAAGUCUAAUGUCGAAAUGGUCGAAAGGCCAGGCCAAAGCGAUGUUCAGCAAGAGUCGGCACCCGUUGAACGUCCAUGGGGAGCCAUUCUCCGCCACCGCAAGGUGGUCUUGUACGCGAUUCUCGCCAACAUCGGGCCGCUGAUGUUCGGAUACGAUCUUGUGGUUGUUGGGGCCAUCUCAGCUCUUCCAAAGUUCCGUGAAGACUUUGGGGAUGGUUACGGCAGAACAUCAAUCCUCCCAGCGCUGUGGCUCGGCUUGUGGAAUGGUCUUGUCCAAGCCGGCGCUGCGGGGGGUUCCAUACUCGCUGGUUGGUUCCAAGACCGCUUCGGUCGGCGUGCAACGUUCUUCCUCGGGGGCAUCUUGGGACUAGCAGGGACAGCUGCAGCUUUCACAUCGGGCAUGCCUUCCGGUACAACUGACAGAAGGGUCUUAUUCCUAUUCGCCAAGAUCAUCAUUGGAAUGGGUUGUGGUGUUCUCAUGUCUGCUUGUCAGACGUACAUCUCUGAGAUCGCACCCAAGAAUCUUCGUGGUGUUGUCCUGGGCUUUUAUGCGUUCAACGUUUCUUUCGGGCACCUCCUCGCAAUCACAAUCGUUUACAACGAAGUCGGCAACCUGAGUUCUGAGUCUUAUCAGAUCCCGUUCGCUACACAAUGGGCCUUCGGCGGAGUAGCCGUCAUCGCUGCCCUGUUGCUGCCGGAAAGCCCGGUGUGGUUGAUCUCCCAGGACAGCAUAGAGAAAGCGGACAAGUCAUUGCAAAAGCUUGGAACCGCCGGCGGCCAGAACAUGCUCCAAAGGAUUCAAGCUACGCUGGCGCACGAGGACGAUGACACGGCCCAGGACAGAGGGCCCCCAACCUAUCGCGAAUGCUUUCACGGCGUCAAUCUGCGUCGUACGCGCAUCAUAAUUUUCCUGAACAUUCUCCAGCAGUUCGUCGGCAUGGCGCUGUUGCAGAACGGGGCCUACUUCCUUACCAUGGCUGGCAUGUCCGCCAAGUACUCACUCAUGGUCAACCUCAUCGGCGUCGCCUCGAACAUGGUCGCAAACAUGAUCUCGUGGUACACAGUGCCGAGGUUUGGUAGAAGAACAAUGAUUCUCAUCAGCAUCGUUCUCGAUAUCUUUUCUUGGGCUGCGAUGGGUAUUGCCGCCUGUUUCAAUACCUCCGCAGCUGGAUGGUUUGUUGGAGUCGCCCUUCUUCUUUUCGGGUUCUUCAACAGCUUCGGCGUCGCCAGCGCAGUUCCGGUCAUCGCUUCCGAGGUCUCCUGCGUACGGCUGCGGUCCAAGUCCGCCGGCAUCGGCCUCGCUGCCCAAUCUAUCGCAGCCUGGAUCUUCAGCUUCUUUACGCCCUAUCUUUACAACCCCGACGAGGCAAAUUGGGGAGGUAAGAUUGGGUUCUUCUUCGCGGGUACCAGCAUCUUGGUUCUCUUUGUAUCAUGGCUGGAGAUUCCGGAGACCAAGGGAAGAACCCACGCCGAUCUCGACUUUCUGUUUGAAUCACGGAUCAAGUCUUCUGCUUUUGCAAAGACUACUGUACCGGAAGUUCAGAACGCUGAAGAUGACUUGAAGGGAUUGGGUGGUGAGAAGUUUUAA